GCUUAUCCUGCGCCCAUCACCUACUUUUGAACCUUGUCUUGCUUUACAAAGAACUCCCUUCCUCUCGUCCCAUACCACUCCUCUGUUCGCCCCCAUACAAAGAACCACCAUGGACCGAAAGUCAUCUGCGGCAAAUUCCGGUACAGGCAGCAGCAGCAUCAACAACACUCAGUCAGAUCUCUCAGACCUGGAGAAGUACAAAGCCCGAUGGGCAAAGAUCUAUGAUGAUACUGUCCGGCAGAUCAACGAAGUCAGAGAACAAGAAAAGAAAUCACGCAUAAGCAAACAAUCAAAAUCAUCCAGUUCCAGCUAGCAUCAACGAAGAAUUCGGAAAGAUUGGCAAAAUCGGGUGUUUAUCGGGAUUAUGUUGCUUCUGAUUCUCCAUUUCGCUAUUCUGAUCCUUUGCUUUUCCUUUGUUCUUGUUUUUUUUUUUCUUCUUGGCUUCGUUUAUCUUUUUAUUG